AGCGAUGCGCAGGGCUGCUUCACAAACGUACACCCGCUUGUAAGAGAGUGCGUCAGGAAUAUUCUCUGUAUUCUGUCUUAAGGAUGGCCCUCUAGCUUAUCCACGCUACCAAGCUCCUACUAGCAAGACCUGAUUAAUCCUCAACUGUAGUUUUGUUACCACUAAGCAUCGACUGCUUACUGUCACGGCGCUUUCAUAGGAGCAUUGAAAGCAUGGAGCGCUCGGCAGCAGUUCCUGGCCGAGCAUUUGGCGGCUGUGCAACAGUGCUAUCUUAUCAUCGGACGCCAUGCUUAUUGGUACCUACUCGUCAUGUUACCCCAGUCUUGACAACACGCCACGUCCCAUGCCGCGCAGCCCUAUCCGACGGCGGCUCUCAGGGAAUGUCUGCGGCGUUGAACCCAAACUUGGUCCGCGAUCCAAACGGACAAAUUGAGUUUGGAGAUGAGCCACCCACACGUGCUGCUGUGCCCCUGAAAGGCGACCGUGAGCGUGUGGGUGCGGGGGACGCGCCUCCCAGCAGCCCCCACUCCAGCUGGGAUGAAUGGCUCCGGCACUUUGAUAACAUGGACGAGCUUGCAGAGGAUGCCGCACACUACCAGGUGGAAUUGAACACUGCCGUACGGCAGGAGCGGUACGGCGACGCCGCACGUCACAAGCGCAAGCUGCAGGAAAUCCAAGCGUCCGACACCGUUGCCGCAGUCCAAAAGCAGUUGCAGGAUGCCCUGGCGGCGGAGGACUACGGCGAGGCCGCCCAGCUGCGCGACCGGGGGCUGGUGGGGCUGGCGGGCUGGUGGGCGGGCAGGGACGGUCCGCAGGACUUCCACGGGCACCUGCUGCACGUGAAGCCCGAGUUCGGCCGCUGGACGGGCCGCAUCUACAUGGCACGAGACAUCGCGGCCAUGAACGGCUGGCGGGAGAACAAGCUCGUGCAGUUGCUGGAUCGGGGAGUGGAACGGGGCAGCGGCAGUGGAAGCAGCCGUGCAGGGCGGGGUGGGGGUGUUCUGGAGGGUGCGGCAGGACUGGGCGGGGGAACCAUUGGGACGCCCAUGCUGGAGGUGUUUGUACGACAACAACCGUCUGGGAGCGGGUCUGGAGAUCAGCAGCAGAAGCCGCUGGUUCCUGGGAGGUUGGUGCACCAGGCGGUGGCGUUGCGGCCGCCGUCGGCUGCGAGUGACCCACGGGACGCUGCGGGCGAGGGGGCGCAGGCGGAGGGUGCUGCUGCGCAGCUGAACCCGGCCAGUGUGGUGCGGCUGAGCAUCCACGUGUCGCGUGACGGCAGCGCGCGCAUCAGCGUGUUGCCGCCGCAGCCAGUCAAGUCGGAGUUCAGCAGCUGGGAGGAGGAGGAGAUGCGGGCGACCAUGGAGGCGCUGGCGGCGGGUGACUUGACCGCCUCGCCGGAGCGCUUCUCCCGCGCCCGCAACAGCGGCUCCUCCUCCCCAUCCGCCGAGGGCUUCCAGAGCGCCUCCGACGACGACGAUGAGGACGAUGAGGACGACAUCCUCACCGAGCUAACCCGCGUGCCAGCGCAGGUGGCCAUGCAGGGCCGCGACCGCUUCGUGUUCUCAGUCCUGGAGGCGCCCGCAGCGGAGGCGGCUGCGGCUGCUGCCAGCAGCAGCAGCACUAGCGCUGGCGCGCCCAAGGAUGCGACAGGUCGUGGCGCGGCCGCCGACGGCAGCGGUGUUGACCUGCCGCGUUGGGCGGCGGUGCCGAUUGAUGACGACGAGGAGGAGGGCGAGGCGGGGACAGCAGCGGCGGCGCAGCGGCGCGCGUCGGGCUCGGGUGCGGGCACGUCCUCUGCAGCGGCAGCGUCAGCAGCGGAUGUACCUGUUAUGGAGCUGGAGGUCAAACUGCCCGAGCCGGAGGAGGAUGGUGAGGAGGAGCGGGGUGCAGCAGGCCGGCGGACGUUGCUUGAUGCCGUGGAUGAAGCGACGGAGGCGGCCCGGGCGGCGGCGCUAGCAGGGGGCUUUGAGGCGGGGCUUGUUGCUGACGAGGACGACGACGAUGAUGACAGCGCGGUGCAGGUGUCUCUGGACCUGAUCUCCACCGGGCGAGGCAGCCUGGACGCUGUGGCUACCUCCGUGACGGAUGCGGAGGAGCAGCGCAUCGUGAUUGAGAUACCGGUGGGGCGACUCAUGCGCCAGCAGCGGGAGCAGGAGCAGCAGCGGCGGGCGUCAGGGGCGGAGGCGGGCAGCAGCAGCAGCAGCUCGGCCGCCAGCGGUGCGGGCCGCGGUGCCGGCAAGGACACAUUUGACCGCCUGGCUGAGCGAGUGGCGCAGCUGCAGGCCUCCCGUGCGGGCCGCCGUGUGCCGCCCGAGCACCUGGCCACUGCGCUGCGUUCCCUGGCUCAGCGCCUGCUCAGCGGCGAGCUGGCGCCGGACGGCUCCUCCGCCGCCACCGCCUCCGUGCCCUCCCCCGCGGCAGCAGCCGCACAGAAAGCCGCCGCCGCACUGCGCUCCCAAUCCCCUUCCAACUCAGCCUCCACCUCCUCCUCCCCAUCAUCCCUCAACUCCACAGCCAAGCAGCAGCAGCAGCAAUCCUCCUCAUCGCAGUCUACCUCCCCCUCCCAGUCCCAGCAUCCCGCCGGCGGAGCCUGCAUCGCCUACACCCGCAUCCCCACCGACCUGCCCCGCUCCGACCCCUUCUGCGGCCUCUACCUGGGCGCUUUCGGGCCGCACGGGCCAGAGCUGCUGCAGCUGAGCCGCGUGGUGCAGGACGGCGAGGAAGAGGUGGUGGGCACCAAGGUGACGGGCGACCCCAACGUGCCGGCGGGCGAGCUGUCCUUCCGCGCCAAGGUGGGGCGGAGGCACCGGCUGGACUCGCGGGACGUGUACCCGGAGCACCUGGGGGUGGUGGCGAGGUACAAGGGCGAGGGGCGAGUCGCCAUGGCGGGAUACAAGAGCCCCCGCUGGGUGGACGGCGAGCUGCUGGUGUUCGCAGUGGGCGCCUCGCCGGUGACUGGCGGCGCGGAGCUGGGCUUCGUGUGGGCGGUGCCGGGCGAGAAGCGCUUCCUCAUCCUGCUCAACAAGCUGGACCUCAAGGAAUGUGAAAAGUGAGAGAGGAGGUGUACGGCAGGGUAUGCGCAGGUUUUGUAGUCGUGGCGUGUGUUGCCGAGGCGUGAUGGUGGUGAGGCGGAUGGAGGUGUGCGAGGCGGUGCGCAAAGUACGUACGUGGAGGGGGCGUGGUGUGUAUGUGUGAGAGAAAGAAGUUGAAUGUUCUGUGGAACUCACACUCUCCUGGUGCACUAUGGGAGAAGGCGCUGUCACAGGGCGGCCUAUGUGUGUUAUAUCAACUGCUGGGCCCAUAGCCGACCUAUGGGUGUGCCUAUGUCACCGGGGGGCAAGCAGGGCUCAGGCACAUGCUGGGGUUCUUUGUAGCUUGGGUCUCACAUGCACUACGGGGCGCUGUGGUCAGAGAGGCGGUCUGGGCCUGGCAGACUGCGUUGGCUCCUGGCGUUAUGCCAAAGAUCAAGACAACAGGUUGUGCAAGCGUGCAGGGGUUGUGCGGGAGGGUGACGUGUGCAUCGCACCACAUGCACAGAUGCAUGCAUGCAUUUGAGGCAGAUCUUCAUGAGGCGAGGCAUUUCGAGUGAGCGGUGAGUCGAGGAGGAGAGACGUCGUGCUGGCAUGCAAGGGGCGGUGCAACCGUUGCAGCACCCAGGUGCGGUAGGGCUUUGCUGUUUGCGUUGAGAGCAUGCGCGAUGGCUGAGGGGUGUGACGGUCAGGGGGGCAUAGUCCCGGGUCUACCAAAGGAGGUCUGCUACGCGUUCCCUGGGGGCCACGGAAAAGGCUGGUGGCUCUGUGGCAUACGUAUUGCCUGUUGGGGUGGUUUAUCCCUAAGAGGGCUGUGUGUCGCCUCUGUUGUCGCUUUCUGUUCUGCAAGCUCCUACACUGGCAGCCGUUGCCCUGCUGGAUGUGAAGUGUAUGCGAGAUUGCGAGCGCUGAGGGGCAGGUAAUGUCAGCGGGACCAACCAAGGACGGCAGCGCUCGGGCCAUUUUGCACACGGCCAGCGGGCGAGAGAGGGCCACUUGGGUUGGCCUCCAGGGCAACUGUGUGCGACAGGUCUUGCGCCUAUGCGUGGCCUCGCUUUACGGCAAAAGCCAGGACGCUUUGCCCUGAGGCCCGACACUAUUAUGGAAGUGCAACCCUUUCCUGUGCAAAGGAGGGAGAUAGGAAGCUCCGUUUGAUUGGCGUUGCCACAGGCGGCCAUAAUAACGUGGAUGCUAUUGCAUAAGAAGUGUAGUAGUUAGGCGACGACGGGGUGUGCGUGGAAUAGAGAUGGCUGAGCACCGUCGCUGUGCUGCAAAUGCUGCUGCUGCCGUCGCUGCUGCUGUAUAAAUCCUGUCUUUUUUUGGUGUUCGGAGGGCCGGAGAGGAGGGUGGCAGUUGAAGGGAUGUGUGGCUGCCGAGCGUGGUUUGCCGUUUGAGUUGGGGUAUGCAGGUGGUUUUGCGUGUGGAGUGUUCCUUUUUGGCGCUGCUGCGGUUGCCCGUGCCUGCAUGGCACAAGUCUGCGUUGCAGAUGAUGACAUAGUGGGCGCAGUCAGCCUCUUAAGGGAUAUGCCCUCUAAAGGAUUAGGACGAAUAGAUGAUGCAUUAGGAGCAUAAGCUGCGCAUCCGGCAUACAGCGUCUACUGCGCUUUCGUGGCCCCCUAAUGCUAUGCUGUGAUGCGUCAGUUGGUUGUGGGUUUGUUGGUUAGGGCGGUGCUCACACAGCCCUUGUCAUCCAGCGACCGGAGAAGAAACUGUGUACAAUGCGUUGGCUAGCUUAUACCGGUAGUUCGUUACCCUAAUGUCCGGUGGAUUCAAAUUUUCCCUUAAUGUCGUGAAAGUGGUGUUCUUGUCCUGGCGCCGGGUGUUUUGGUAAUGCGUCAUUUAGCACGUGGCGUGCUGGAGGUUUGCGCCUUGAUGCCCAAGAGGUACAACACGUACCCUAUCAUAAAUAAAUACAAUCUGCCUCGUACUGUAGUAUACAGGACCCCCGUCGUGUUUCUUGGAUGUAUAUAUCUGGCGGUCUGGGAAAUUCACUGUAAGACAGCCAGCCUGAA